AUGCAGGUCGAGAAGCAGGACAAGAUGAAUGUGAUGGACUCCAACGCGAUCGACAACGCCUACACGGGGCUCGGCUUGGGCGUGAACGGCCAGCCGUCUAGCGGGACGGACAGCGUGAAGGGUAGUUCCAACCCCUACUACACGCAGGCACAGUUGCACCACCAGCAAAGUUCCAAGGGGAACCCCUACAGCAAGUACAACUGGGGCGGGAAGCACCAGGGACAAACCCGGCACAACAAGUCCAUGUUCCAGUACAAUGUGAAGGGCGGGAACGCUGCCUUCUUCCAGAACACGGCAAACACCUCCGCGUCCCGCGGUGCGAACGGCACCACCGGCAGUAUCGCAAAGGGCAGCGCGCCGCAGCACCAGCAGGCGGGCUGCGGGACGACCCUGUCGCAGAACCCGAAGACGGUGGACGGGAUUACGCAGGCCAGCUUCUCGAAGAUGACCAACGGCAACGAUUUGGGAAAAAUCUCCUCCUUCUUCAACAACACGGCCACCAUGAUCAAGGACGGAAAGGUCGUUCCGGCCAACGAGCUGCACCAGAUGCUGCCGUGGCACGGGAAGCCCCCGGUCGGCUGGAUUCACGUCCAGGACCACGGAGUCGCCAUGCUGCCGCAAAUGGCGAGGAAAGGGUAUAGGAUUUUGAAUCUACAACUUGCUGCUAGAAGAUUCUAUAAAAGUAGAGCAAAUUCAAAUUCAUGUUAACCUUGAAUGGUGUAUAAUACCCUAACAAGCAGCUGCGAGCAGACGUAUUUUUUGCAUCAUCAUGAUAGAAGAUAGAGAUACUAGCUCUCUACUAGCAAGUGCAGAGAGUUCUUUAGCGGUGCAUCGCUUUUAUCCCAUGCAAGUAUUUAAAAAACGAAAAAAAAUCACAAUUACAGCGAACUGUCGCAGCAAGUGAUGGACCUGCUCGCGUGGACGUCUUCCAGCGACAUGCUGGGGCGGCAGCAGCGGUCGAUGAUUGUGAAGCCGUUGAUCAAGCAUUUUCUGUACCUGUCGUGCGACGUGUGCGGGAAUUACGUGUGUCAAAAGUUGAUCGAGACCGCGGACGCCAACGAGCGGCGCGAGUUGGGGGACUUCAUCUUUUCCGCGACCACCGCGGACAUGUGGGGCCCGGACGGCGAGGCGCCCAACAGCUCGGGUUUGCUGGAGCCCGUAGGCAUGAGCCGCAACAAGGGCCACGACGCCAACAAGUUGAUGCUGCACCAACAGGAGGGCAGCCUGAACACCGCGGCCUCCGAGGAGAAGUCGAAAGCCCUGGCGAAGGAGUCUCUGGAGGACGUGAUCGUGCGGCUGGCCCGCGGCACCUACUCCUGCCGGGUGCUGCAGAAGUUCCUGCAGUGCACGCCGGAGGAGGAGGACAUCGUGAAGUGCGGCGAGCGCCUGGCGAACUUCAGCUACAAGCUCGCGCUGGACCAGAACGCGAACCACGUCGUGCAGCGGUGUUUCUCCAGCACCAAGGCGACCUGGGUGUUCGAGCCGGUUUUCGAGGACCACGUGGUGGAGAUCGCGACGCACGUGUACGGGUGCCGGGUCUUGCAGCGCCUCGUCGAGCUGCAGGGCCGGAGCAGCAAGCUGAUGAUGAAGAAGAUCGGGGAGCAGGUGUUGAAGCUGUCCUACCACAAGUACGGGAACUACGUUUUGCAGUACUACGUGUCCUUCGUGGAGUCCAGCUCGCUGCAGGAUUUGCGGCAGUUGGCGCUGGACAACAUCGUCGAGUUCUGCGGGCACAAGUUUGCGUCCAACAUUCUCGAGAAGUUGAUCGACGACGCGGCCAAGGCGACGCUGGUGAACGCAGGGGACAAAACGAACGCGGAGUUUGUCAUUGCUGUGGCCAAAGCGCUGCAGGAGUCGGACAAACUGGUGGACAUCACCACGGAUCCCUUCGGGAACUACAUCGUGCAAAAGUUGCUGAACACCUUACCCGAGGAGCCGUGCGGCAAUUUGAUGCGGCGGCUGCUGCGAUAUCUGCCGACCAUCGAGAAGUCCAAUUUCGGCCGCCACAUUGUCUUCGCGCUGAAGGAACAGGGGUACAUGACGCCGUGUUUGGUCGACAAAUUUAUCGAGGACAACAAGGGCCGGGUCCGAAAUCACACCGGCACAUCAAACCGGAUCAAUGCAGCGGCUGGGUCCGCCGCCUCCACAGACGGAGGCGACGAAACGCAGCGUGGGCGGGGAAACACGAACAUAUCCGGCGGGGGAGAAUCUUUGCCUAUGGAAACGAAUCGUGAACAAGUGGAACAAACGGAGGCCGGAAUGACGGUGAGCGAAGCGGUCGAGCAGAACAUGAGCAAAAACAACCACCACGCGCGAAGCCAUAACAGCACCACCACGACCGCCGGCGCUACAAAUUUCUCUCCCACGAGCCACCAGUCGGGAGCUACGGGCGAAGACGAAAGUCACAGCGGCACCGGUGGAGCGCUGUCGCAAGUGGGAGCGACGUCCAAUCAGGGCACAGCGCCGGUCGUUGGAAAGAGCAUCAACCGCGGCACCAGCAGCAACCCGUACCACCAAUACAAUCCGCCGAAGGGCGCCGGACAGCCGCACAAGGGUAAUAAUAGUACCAGUGCCGGACAACCACAACCGCGCACUAGCUGGGCCGGGUCGGCAACUUCCAACUCGUACUACAAGAGCUACGGCAAAGGUGGGUCGUCCGGAGCCACGGCAGACAAGAGUGGCGGCAAAGGGUCCGCAAACACCACGUCGACGCUCUUCCCGGGAACAUCCGCUGCGGGAGGCAAUUCGAUGUACGGAGGCAAGCAUGGCAGUGGGGCUGCCCAACAGUAUCAGUCCAAAAAAGGAUCCUGGAGCAACAACGCAGGAGCUGCGAGCAAGGCUGGCGGAGGGAAGAACGGCAACUGGAACGGUUCCAGUUCCAACGCCGCUGCUGCGGCCGCGGCAAACUACGGAAGCUUCAAUCUGCAGCAGCACGCGAUCGGAGCCGCUGCCGCGCAGAACCACCAAAACGGCUUUGGCGCAGCGCCGGGCGGUCCGGGCGCAGCCGUGGACCCGCGAGCACCUCCGGCUAGCUAUCUCGACCCCUCCGGGUUCCAGGCCGCGCUGGAGCAGGCGGCCCUGUCCGCGGGCCUCCCGCCGAACACGAACUUGUUGCCGCCGUUGGCUCCCGGGAACCUCCCGUAUGGGGCGCCCACGGGCACCCUCCCGUCGAACGACCUGCUGACGCAGUUUGCGCUCGCGAGCGCCGCCGCGUCUCAAGCGGGCCUGAACCCCGCGUUAAUCGCUGCAGCGAUGGACCCGCAGCAAAAGUCGGCCUUCGCGGCUGCCGCCCGUGUGCAGCAGCAGCAACAGUUCGGCGCGGCACCGAACCUUCCGUUUGCAGCCACGAACAACCUGUUAACCGGCACGGCGGCGACGCAGAGCACCCUCGCGGCCAGCAACGCGUUGGCGAGCGCGCUGCUGAGCAACAAACUGAUGGAACAGCACCACCAACACCAGCCGCACCAUAAUAUCUAUGGGGCCGGCGCGGCGCCCAGUGGUCAACACCCGAGCAGUCUUGUAGGAGGUGUACCACCACCUUCGAACACACACAGCCCUUCCGUGAAUUCUUUGACUUCGUUGAACGCGAUGCCGGGUUCCCUCACCUCCCAGCUCCACGCCCUCGCCGCGGCGCAGAGCGCGGCGGGCGGUGCUGGUGGUCUGGCCCCAGGUGGGAACAGCAGCACGCUGAACGCGAAUGCGGCACAGUUCGCCCCGGGCGCCCACAGCUCUGCUUCCGGCUUCGAUCUGUACGGACUUGGCGGACCGCAGGCUGCGGACGGUGGAGGGCAGUACAAGUCGGUCUACGCCCAGCAGCUCGCCAACGCUCUGGCUCUACACAACGCUUCUAUGUCGGCCCACGGCUCGGCGACACCCAGCCCCACACACAGGAUGGAAUGA